AUUUUGUUGGCCGUUAACUUAUUCGUAUACAUUGUCCGCUCCACCUUGGGGAAAUCCAAGAGCCUUAACAAGGAGCCAAGUCUAGAGCCAAGAUGUAUAUCCCCGUGGGGGCAAAGCCCAACACCAUGGCGGAGCUCGUGGCCGAUCUCGAGCGCCGUCAAUCCCGAAAUCCGGCCGGUGGUGAUGUCUCGAGCAAAGCCUCCACACAAUCCGCAAACUCGGCCAACACCGGCACGACGGCUCCGACGACGCCCGCGGGAGGAUCUGCAGCGACGAAGCAGACUGCCGCAGAGGCGAUUCCGAUAGGGAGACAACCUAGAAGCUUGGCCCACCUGGUAGAGGACCUCGAACGUCGCCAAGCGAACAGCCCUGCGGUUGACGAUGAUGCUUCCAGCGUGGCGUCGGGACAGUCCGCUCCUUCUGUGGCCAGCGCCGACUCUGGGGCGACUUCGAAUGCGGGCACCGGGAGCAGGCCGGCCUCUACUCGGAGUGCUGCUCAAGCUCCCAAGGCUAUCAGUGGCCGCUCCGAGGAUCUUGUUGACUUUUUGGUAGGCCUCGAUCGUCGUCAGACUCGCGGCAGCCGCACCGGUUCGAGCGCCGAGUCCGCCGAGUCUUCCCAGUCUGCCCCCAGCGUGAGCUCUGUAGGAUCUUCCAACGCGGGGAGGGGACAGCAACCGGCUCCUACCACAACCCCGGCACCGACUUCUUCGCUGCCUCCUCCAGCGGCGGCUCCCACCACGGUGGCUCCUCCCGCAUCGACUCUUCCCGUAGCUGCCCAGUCUCUGGGCGGGCGGUCCAACGAUUUGGUCGACUUUUUGGUUGACCUCAGCCGCCGCCAGGCCAAACCAGCAGUCGGUAGCCAAGCCUCCAGUGCGCCGUCCGAGCAGUCUGCCAAUUCCCAGGGGACUAACAAUUCCGCCGCGACAUCCAACCGCAAUCAGCGAGCCCCUGCUGCCCCGGCCCCUACAGCGCCGGCCGGCAUCGUUGCAAAGUCCAUAGCUAUUGGCGAGCAGCCCAGCAGCAUAGCCGAGCUGAUGGCGGAUCUCGAUCGCCGUCAGGCCAACAGGGCCCCAAACGGCAGUGAUGAUGCUACCAGCGUUGCUUCCGGGCAGUCUGCCAACUCUGCGGGUACGUCGGACGCGGGCACAGGAAGCAGGCCUGCUGCCUCCGGCAAGGCGGCGCCUCUUGCUGUUGCAAGGCCGGUCGCCCUCGAGGCCAAGUCCAUCCCCAUCGGUGGACAGCCCAGCAGCCUUGCGGAGCUUCUGGCCGAUCUUGAAAAGCGUCAGGAAAAAAAGGACGGCAAGGCGUCGAGCGUGUCGUCCGGUUCCUCCCAGUCGGCCAAGUCAGUGGACUCCAAAGACAAGGGUACGACUAGUUCGGCGCCAGCUCAGGCCACGCAGGCGCCUACUACCAUCUCUGCACAGCCCACGCCGCCGGCCGCUGUUCUGCCUGGAGAGGCCCAGUCUACUCCCUCACCUUCUUCGGCAGCUCCCCCGCAGACUACCCCUGCCAUCCCAGAAGGGGGCAACGAUGCAGUGCAGAGCCCGGCGGCACCCACAUCGACUUCUGCUGGUGCAGCGGAUAAGGUCAACGGCGCCAACCCGUCGCCCACAACCCUCCUGACUCUGACUUCAGAGCCCCCGAGGACCACUGUGCUUCCUACUGCCCCGCAGAACAAUGUAGCGCAACCAGCGGGAAGCGCAACUGCCGGUAUUGACCCUCAACCUCAGAACGUAGGAGUCGUGGCUGGAGCUAUAGUUGGAAGCCUUCUCGGUGUCGCUAUCCUCGGUGCCAUCAUCUUCUUCCUCUGCCGCCGCCAGCAGCGCAAGCGAGACUCGGGCUCCGUCACCGAGCGCCGGCGCAACUGGGAGAGUCGCUUGUACGGCUCCGAACGCAGCACGGUAAGCGGAGGAGCCAGGAGCACGAUCCGCAGCUUCUUUGCUCGCCGGUCCGCGGGUCCCGGCCCCGCCCAACCUGGCAACAUAUCAGAGGCGCCCAGCAGGUUUCCGUCGCACCACCCGACCCUGCCCAAGGCCGCGUUUGAUUCGCGCCGCUCGGAGCGGUCCACGGGGCUGUCGGCGCUCGACGAGAAGCAGUACCAGACGUACCAGAACCUGGUCGGACGAUUGAACGAGAAGCAGCCUGUACCUUUUGAUCACCCUUACUAUCAGAACGAUGAAUGGAAAUGAAGGCGGGGACGAGGAAAGUGUGCCUGAUGAUGGGACAUGGAAUGCAUGAGCCAUCGGCUCGAAAUAUUCUUUUCUUUCUUGUCGGGAGUCUUUUCCCGAAUGUUACAGUCCUUACCUCUAUUUUGCAUACAUUUUCAUCUAUACCUAUAUAGAUCGUUUUUUAGCAUUUGCAUUUGGCAUUUUCAUUUGGCAACUCUCGUCGGAAGCGACCGUCAACUAUAAUGAAAGGAUGGACAGCCCUCUCAUCACGCCAUUCAAGCGCAGCUAGAAAUAGAAUCACAACUUUUGUGUUGGUGCGGGUACCACAUACAAAGAAAAGAUAUUAAUUCACAAAGAAAUAAUGCACUG